UCAUUUGAAUUCGAAAACAUCAAACGGUCAAAUCUGACAAUCCAAUACCGCUAAAACUAUGUUUUCACUUAAAAUUAAGUGAUUUUUUUUAUUAAAACUGUUGAAAAUGGCUUUAUCGGGGCCCGCUACGCCUCGGGCAAACUUCGCAACACCGAGAAGGUUAGUAAAAACGCCUGGACAGCAAGAAAACAACUUUACAACACCUAGGAGUCAAUAUGUAACCCCAAAGAAGAGUUUUAGGCCCCAAACUUCGUCGGAUACGCCGGAAUGUUUUAGUAAUGUUACUGUGGAGACCCCCAAAGUGAAUUUAAGAAGGAGGAGUAGUAGAGAUAAAUGUGAUGAAGAAAGUAAUUUAACUGUUGCUGUUAGAGUGAGGCCUAUGAAUUCCAGGGAGUUGGGGACAGUGGGGGUUAGUGAUAUAGUAAGGGUGAAAGAUAAAGACUUAAUUAUUCAAGUUGAAGGUAAUGGCAAUAUGAAUUUUAAUCACUUGUUUCAAUAUGACCACAUUUUUUGGUCUGUGGACGAAGAGAGCCCUGUUUACUCCACACAGGAAGACGUGUUUUUAACAAUUGGUAAACCUCUGUUAAACAGUGCUUUCAGAGGUUAUAAUGCCUGCCUAUUUGCUUAUGGACAAACAGGUUCUGGAAAGUCAUUCAGUAUGAUGGGAAGAAAUAUGUGUGAAAUCAUUGAUAUAGAUUCAGAGGAUUAUUCCGGUAUUACGCCGCGAUUUUGCAGGGAUUUAUUCAACAGAAUAAACAGUUUACCUGAAACUCAAACUGCAUCUGUUGAAGUGAGUUAUUUUGAAAUAUACAAUGAAAAAAUACAUGAUCUUUUAACCCAAACUAACAACCUCAACAGACAGCCACUUAAAGUGCGCGAACACCCUGAAUGGGGGCCCUAUGUGGUCGACUUAACUGUACACCCAGUGAACACAUACAAAGAACUCCGUAACUACCUCUUAAUUGGCAACAAAAACCGCGCUACCGCUGCCACAACAAUGAACGAAAAAUCCUCCAGAUCUCACAGUAUUUUCACCAUAGAACUAUCUUUAAUAGACACAAUAGAUGAUAAGGAAACUAGUCGUAGGAGUAGAGUUAGUCUGGUUGACUUGGCAGGGAGCGAGAGAUUAGGCAACUCUCACAACAGCGAGGAGAAGAUUCGGCAGGGUGUUUGCAUCAAUAAGUCUUUGUUAACAUUGGGAAAAGUCAUUUCUUCACUAGCUGAUCAAAAGAAGAAUUUAUUUGUGCCAUAUAGGGAUUCUGUGCUGACUUGGCUUUUGAGGGAAAGUUUAGGAGGUAAUUCCUUGACUUCCAUGUUGGCUACAAUCACUCCAGCCAAUUCUCACAUAGAUGAAACUUUGGCAACAUUGAGGUAUGCCUGUCAAGCCAGAUCCAUUGUAAAUAGAGCUAGAAUUAACGAAAAUCCACACGAUAAACUAAUAAGAGAGUUAAGAUGUGAAGUUGAAAGAUUAAAAGCUUUAAGAAUGGACUAUGAGAGGUCUUCGUUAGGGUCUUGUUCUUCCAUCAUACAGUUAAGCGACAGUAAUACCGAAGAAAUGGAGGAGUUGAAGAUGAAGCUGCAGGAGACUGAGAAGAAAUUGGGGGAAGCACAGAAGAGUUGGGAGCAGAGGUUCAUGGAAACCAAGGAUUUGCAGUUGAAGGAGUUGGCCGAAGCGGAAAAAUUGAAGAUCGAAUUGGAGUCUAAAGUGAGGAUUAUGAGGGAGGCUGAUACGAAUGUGAAGUUAUCGCCGUUUAGGUCGAAUUUUUUGAAGGAAUUGCAAGGGGUUCUGACGGUUGAUUCUCCGAAACUAAAAUUCUGCGAUGAGAAUAUGGUGGAUAGCAUCAAGAAUUAUUGUGGGAAAAAUGAGUUAUUGUGCACUUUUACCGCGAGUUCUUUGGUGAUAACGAAUCCGCAAAAAAAUAGGAAAGCAAUCGCCGUUUUGUCGAAGAUUUCGAACCUGAAUGGCCAUGAAAAUAUACAAGAUUUUGUAGAAAAUCUUUUAUGGACUGACAUGAAGAAAGAUAAAAAAUUAACCAAAGCAGAAGUUAGGACUAACAUGAACCAAAUUUACGAAGCCCUUGCGAAUUUACAGCCCCUUGAAAGCGAAAAUAAUUUGAAUUUGCUUUUUGCCAAAGUAAAUAAGUCAUUGCAAAGUUUUGAAGCAGCACUUGUGACUAGUAUAAGUAAAAAUAACCAGAAAUCUGUAACCUUUAAUAUGUAGAUCUUGCCUUACUGUUUUAUGUAUUUAUUUUUUAUUUAUAGUGUUUUUAUCCACCACAACCAAUAAAAGUGUAAUA